AUGAAGAGCUGGCUAUGUAUCUUUACAUUGAAUAAAGAAGUGACGCAAUUUUGCAAAUUUGCUUCUUUAUUUCAUAAAGUGGGAGUAACUCUUGAUUACAAGCAUGCAUCUUUAACUCUAAGUCACUUGGAAACAACUCUCGUGGGAGCAACUCUUGAUUACAAGCACGCACCAAUCGAGAGUUUAACUCCAAGUCCCAAAUUUUGGCGCUCUAACUUUACAACUCUUGGUUAUGUUGCUGCACCAAUACAAAGAAUUACUGG